AGAAGAAAGGGGCGGGCGAAGGGGAAGGGCGUUAGAAAACACCACCCAUCCCGCCUCCCAGCAGCGGGAAAGUGGUUCUUCGGUAUUGGGAUCCAGGUGUCAGCCUGUGUCUUUGUAUUGCCAAGAUGUCUCUUUCUAAAAAGUUAACUUUGGACAAACUGGAUGUUAAAGGGAAACGAGUCAUCGUGAGAGUAGACUUCAAUGUUCCCAUGAAGAAGAACCAGAUUACAAACAACCAGAGAAUCAAGGCUUCCAUCCCAAGCAUCAAGUACUGCCUGGACAAUGGAGCCAGGUCAGUAGUUCUUAUGAGUCAUUUAGGUCGACCGGAAGGUGUUCCUAUGCCUGAUAAGUACUCUUUAGAGCCUGUUGCUGCUGAGCUCAAAUCCUUGCUGGGCAAGGAUGUUCUGUUCCUGAAGGACUGUGUGGGCUCAGAAGUGGAGAAAGCUUGUGCCAACCCAGCUCCUGGUUCAGUUAUCCUGCUGGAAAACCUGCGCUUUCAUGUGGAGGAAGAAGGGAAGGGCCAAGAUCCUUCUGGAAAUAAACUUAAAGCUGAGCCAGAUAAAAUAGAAGCCUUCCGUGCAUCACUCUCGAAGCUAGGGGAUGUCUAUGUCAACGAUGCUUUUGGCACUGCUCACCGGGCCCACAGUUCCAUGGUGGGAGUAAAUCUGCCCCAGAAGGCAUCUGGAUUUCUGAUGAAGAAGGAGCUGGAUUACUUUGCCAAAGCCUUGGAAAACCCAGAGAGACCCUUUCUGGCUAUACUUGGUGGAGCCAAAGUGGCAGACAAGAUCCAACUCAUCAAAAAUAUGCUGGACAAGGUCAAUGAGAUGAUUAUUGGUGGUGGAAUGGCUUAUACCUUCCUUAAGGUACUUAACAACAUGGAGAUUGGUGCUUCCCUGUUUGAUGAAGAGGGAGCCAUGAUUGUCAAGGAUAUCAUGGCCAAAGCCGAUAAGAAUGGUGUGCACAUUACCUUUCCUGUUGACUUUGUAACUGCAGACAAGUUUGAGGAGAAUGCUAAGGUUGGCCAAGCCACUGUAAUAUCAGGCAUACCUGCUGGCUGGAUGGGUUUGGACUGUGGUCCUGAGACUAACAAGAAGUAUGCUCAAGUUGUGGCCCAAGCCAAACUAAUUGUGUGGAAUGGACCUGUAGGGGUAUUUGAAUGGGAUGCCUUUGCUAAGGGAACCAAAGCCCUUAUGGAUGAAAUUGUGAAAGCCACUUCCAGGGGUUGUAUCACCAUAAUAGGAGGUGGAGACACUGCUACCUGCUGUGCCAAAUGGAACACUGAAGAUAAAGUCAGCCAUGUGAGCACUGGAGGAGGUGCUAGUCUAGAGCUUCUGGAAGGUAGAAUUCUUCCUGGAGUGGAUGCCCUCAGCAGCCUGUAGUUGACAGUGUUCCUUCCUACUGUUUCCUGUCCACAGCCUUUAAGUCAACUUAAUGCUUUUACAUCUCAACUUGACUUUUGUUAAAAUCUACCCCUGUAUCAAGACCCAGGCAGUGACCAAGGGACGGGCCCUCAGGAACUCAACAUCAGCACAUCAAGGCAACUCAUUUUAGUUCUGUCAUGCAUUUGCCUAACUUCCUUCAAGAUCUCAUUUGAACUUGACCGUUGUGAUUCAUAGGAAGUGAGUUGCCUAUUAAAGUGAGUUGAAUAAGCUGAA